CACGACCGCGGGACGGCGUGAGCGGGUUAGGCUCAAUCUUUGUUAUUGGGCCGCGACCCAAGAAAGUCCCCGGGCCAUUUCUGCAGAGAUGCAGGCUCGGAAGCGAGUCCCCUUCGCGGGCCGGAUAACGAGACCAGAAUUGGUCUGGGCUGAGACAUGUGUGGAGCCGGACCUUGUUUAUCCGGCUGGAAGGUCCUUGGCCGAUUUUACAAUCGUGGGCUUCUUCGUCGGACUGACAACCUAUUUCUUAUCGCCGGCUCACACCUCGAAGAAUUCCGAUAACCCAUCCUCCUUUUUGAACCUUCCUCCUCAGUUCGAUUUUCUUGUCGCCACACUCCCCUCUACCCUCGCCGCCGUCCUCCCUGCCAUUGACCCUCCGCCAUCUAGGUGAAUGCUAAUCCGUUUCCCAUCAAUUUCAUUAUUUCAGCCAAGUUCACAACAAAAUGUCAGGACCAAUGAACAUUUUACACAUGAAUAUUAGGCAAGCUUCUACACUGAUGAAGUGUUUACACUUUGAAAAAAUAAAACUUGGCAACAAAGGGGCCCAAGAACAAUCGGGGAAACCGUGUCACAAUUCGGAAAAGUAGUUGCCCUGACAAAGGUGUUCUU